GGAUGGAGGCGCAGUGCCGGGAGGCGCCCGAGCGGAGGCCCGCCACCGCCACCGCCUGGGACGCCGCCCUCGGGCUCGUUCGAGCCGCCUUUUGCGCGCCGCAGCCCCCCCUUCCUGGCGCCCCGGGCACGGCCCACCAUGAUCCGCCCGUCCCGCGCCCUCCCCUCGGGGUGGUCCGCGGCCCGCCGCGCCUGGGCGGCGUACGGCGCGCCGCUGCGGGCUCCGAGCGCCGCCCCUGCGCCGCGGCUCCCGCCCGCGGCCCGGGGCCGCGGCGGGUGCCGCGCCCCGCUGGCGGCGGGCGGGCGGGCCUUCGGGGCCGCCGCCGCCGAGAGGGAGCCCGAGUACGCGUCCGGGGACCUGACUGGGUACAGCGUGUUCCACUCGAAGGAGCCGUUCAGGCUGCGGAACGGCGGGUCGCUGCCGGAGCUGAAGAUUGCCUACGAGACGUGGGGGGAGCUGAAUGCCAACAAGGACAACGCCAUACUCCUGCAGUGCGGGAUGUCCGCUUCCUCCCACGCGGCGUCGCACCCGAACAACAAGGCGAAGGGCUGGUGGGAAGACUUCAUCGGGCCGGGCAGAACGCUGGACACGAACCUCUUCUACGUGAUCUGCACGAACAACCUGGGGGGCUGCUACGGCAGCAGCGGGCCUUCCAGCCCGCACCCUGAGGACGGGAAGCCGUACGGCAGCCGCUUCCCGCGCUUCGAGGUGUACGACCAGGUGGCGGCGCAGUUCAAGCUGAUCGACUUCCUGGGGAUCAGCAAACUCCACGCGUGCGUGGGUUCCUCGCUGGGUGGCAUGCAGAGCGUGUGUGCCGCAGGGCACUUUCCCGACAGGCUGAACAAGUUCGUGAGCAUUUCUGCUUGCGCCAAGAGCUUCCCUGGCAGCAUCUCCUUCCGCCACAGCCAGCGACAGGCCAUCGUGUCGGACCCCAACUGGAAGGGCGGCGACUACUACGACGGGCCCUUGCCGGAGGCGGGUCUCCGCCUCGCGCGGCAGAUCGGGACCAUCACCUACCGCUCCGGGAAGGAGUGGCAGGAGCGCUUCGGCCAGCGCAGGGUGGACGGCGUGACGGUGAACGGGAUGACCGUAAGCGAUGACCACGGCCUGAAGCACGAGUUCGAGAUCGAGCGAUACUUAGACCACCAGGGCAAGAAGUGGGUGAACAAUUACGACCCCAAUUCCAUGUUGUGGAUUUCGAAGGCCAUGGACGGCUUCUCGAUGGAGGCGCCUGACGAGAGCGGUAAGAUGUCCCUGAAGGCGGGCCUCGCCAAAGCCAUGCACCCAGCCCUAGUCAUCGGAGUGCAGCAUGACGUGCUGUUCCCGGUGUGGCAGCAGAAGGAGAUUGCAGACUCUCUCAAGGCCGCCGGCAACAAGAGCGUCGCCUACUACGAGCUUGACACCGUGUUCGGGCACGACUCCUUCCUGCUGGACGCGGCGUCCAUCGGCCCCGCGGUGAAGGGGCACCUGGAGCAAGAGCCCCUGGGCGCGGCACACCUCUGGCAGGACAUGGCCGAGGCGUCCACGCGUAUCCUGCAGGCCUGCAUGACCCACCGCGCGAAAGCCGACACUCUUCGCACUGUGUUCCGAGCCGUGGCUGGAGGGGCCGAGGUCGCGGACGCGUCGCGGCUCAAGCGUGCGGUGAAGCUCAUAUACAGCGAGCAGGUGGGUGAGGAUCACGUGGAGCAGGUUUUCAGGGAGAGGCUCCCACCGAGCGAGAUCAGGCUGCAGGAGUUCCUAGAGAUCCGGGACGCACUGACCAUGAACGGUGACGGUUCCAUACCUGCUACGUUUACGAUUUGA